AUGAAUAACUGGCAGCAUUCUUUCAAUAAUGCCCGACCAUUGGAUGAGCAUUUACAUAAGCCAUACUUACAGUAUGAUGGUAUAGAAAAGCAUUUAACAAAAUUCAUAUUUGAUGACCAUGCUAAUUUGGUAUGGACUGGUGAUACUUAUGGUUGUGUUUCAUCAUAUGAUGUUAAUUUCCAACCGUAUGUGAGACAGAGAGCUCACAUUGGAGGCUCUCCUGUUAAAGAUCUCAUGAGUCAUAGCAGUGGAGUUCUCUCAUUAAGUUCAGACUCUUUACAUUUACAGGAUAGAAGAGGUACCACGCUAUUAAAUUUAACCAAUAUAGAUAUUGCUGCUUUCAACGAUUUACAAACUAUGUGUUAUAUGUCAGCUGAUCAGACAUCAAAAGUAUACUGUGCAGGUACAGACAUAGGAACAGGUUUAUCACUAAUAGAUUUGCAACGAGGAACUUUAGAGACAAACAUACCGUAUUUUUCAAAAGUAAAUUUCAUUAAGUCAAGCAAGAAAUUAGCUGCAAUAGGUAAAUUAUCAGGAUCAAUUGACUUGUUUGAUCCUGGAAGCAAUCAAGUAAUAAAGUCAUUUAUUUCGCAUUCAUCAUGCAUUACCUCAAUGGAUAUACAAGAUUAUACAUUGGUUACCACUGGUCAAUCAAAUGGUUUUUACAAUACAUUUGCAGAUCCAUUUGUAAAUGUAUAUGAUCUAAGGACGAUGAGACAAUUACCACCCAUAUCAUUCUCUAAAAGCACUAGCAUGGGAACUGUUGGUGCUGACUUUGUUCAACUGCAUCCUGUGCUUCCAACUAUUGUUAUGAUCGCUUCUUCUUCCGGGGCAUUUGAUUUUGUAGACAUGGCCAAUCCUAGCUUGAGGACGCAAUUUGCUAAUCCUGGGAACGGAAUCAAAUGCAUUCGCUUAUCUUCUAAUGGUGAUCAUCUGGGUGUAUUAGAAUCAAACGAUAUGUUUAGUACAUGGAAAAGACCUAAUAGUUCAGUAAAUUUUACAAAUAUGCCAGAGCUUUUAACAUACCCUUCAUAUCCAAAUGAUGGACCCUUGGCCAAUAUUAGUAUCGAUGAUUAUAAUUAUCCAUUGAGCACCGUUGGUAUGCCUUACUAUCAAGAAAAGUUAUUAUCUACUUGGUCUACUGUCAUAUUUAGAUCUCCAGGCACAGUACCUAGAGAUAUAGAUAAGAUACUAACUGAUUUAAAGAACAGCAAAAAAUCAAAGAAGCUAGUUGCUGACGGUGUUAAUUUCUAUCCUUAUAGUGUUGCUAAAUACGGACAUAAAGAUGCCUUACAACCAUAUAUAUCAUUGAGGGAUAAGCGUUAUCAGAGGUCAACUGGUUCUGUUCCAGAUGAUGUGCUUAUUACAAAGAGUGUUGAUGGAGAACUUCCGCCAGCUUUCAAAAAUCUGCCAUUGGUUGUCACAAAGUAUGCAACAGAUUCCUUUGAUUUCGAAUCAGUUAAUAAGACACCGUAUUGUGGAUUAGACAAUGAUGUAGACAACCCUUUCACUAAUGCUCUGAUUCAACUAUAUAGAUUUAUUCCGGAGAUCUCCAACUUCUUGAUAAGUACGUUGAAACAUGAGCAUUUCGAGUCACCUUUGCUUACCGAUAUGGCAUAUUUAUUUGAUAUGAUGAGAAAUACAAUUGAUGGUAUUUGCAGGACGACCAAUUAUCAGAUGUCUCUAAAUGAUGUUUUGGAGAAGAACAAUCUUUCCCUUCAUACAAUCUCAGAGUCCAAUAUGCUACAAAAAAUUAAUUCACUAUCGCUGAAUGACGAUGGGGGCAAGAAGCAACUUUCCAUUCAAGAACUUAAUGACUUUUUAUUGAGUGAAUUAUGUGAGGAGGAGGUUAAAUUUAUCGAUCAAAACUUUGUUCUGCAGCAUUGUUAUUGCUGUGAAUUUGCAGUAAAAACCAAAGGCUGUAUGACUUACGGUCAAACAUCUGGUAGUCUGUACAAGCCAUCGAUUACCAUAGGGCCAAAUGCGUGCACUCAAAAGAACGGUAAAGUAUCCUAUCCUCAUUCAAUAUUGGGAUAUAUUGAGCAUGGUUUAAAAAAUAGCAUAGUGCUGAAUAAGAAGUGUGAACAAUGUGGAAUAAAAGAAAAUUUGGAGGAAGAUAUUAGUAUACAAGAAUUGCCACCAAUUCUCUCCCUUUCUCUAGAAUUCGAUGACAACGCAAUGAAAUUAGCAAAGACGACUAAAAAUUGGCUACCUAAAGAAUUUUAUGCUUCUAUUAUGAAAAACAAACCGUUAGUAAGAGGGUCUGUUAAUGAUAUAAGGACAAAUACUAUGAUCUACAAAUAUGAACUACAUGGUUAUAUUGCGCGUAUUUCCGACCCGGAUAGAGGUGAUCAUUAUGUUACAUUUUCAAGAAUUUAUAAUGAAGAAUCUAAGAUGUUUAGGUGGUACCUCUUUAAUGACUAUUUGGUCACUGAAGUUGAUGAAUCGAUAGUGUAUGAUCUAGGAAAGCAUUGGUUAAAACCUGAGGUGGUAAUUUAUGGAGAUGCAGAAGAAUUGAGAAAGCCCUUUAAUUAUCUAAAAGAUGUAGAAAUUGAUGAUUCGAUUCUUUAUAAAGACUACUUUUCUGCUGCCAUUAGAGAAUCGAUCCAAAAAGAGUAUGAGCUGCUUACCAGAAAUGAGGCACCAAGGCCGGGAUCCUUGAUUGCUAUUGAUGCUGAGUUUGUUACAUUGAAGAAUGAAAAAUAUGAUAUUGAUUGUCGAGGAGCAAAAACAGUAGUUCAGUCAAAAGUAAGUGCCCUAGCAAGGAUAUCCGUUGUUAGAGGUAAUGAAGAACAAUUUGGUGUCCCAUUUAUAGAUGAUUAUAUCAUAAUUGAGAAGAAUAUUGAUGAUUAUCUGACAAAAUUUAGUGGUAUAUUGCCAGGUGAUCUAGAUCCAAAAACUAGCAAUAAGCAUUUGGUGCCUAGAAAUGUUGCCUAUAGAAAGAUUUGGCUACUAAUGCAACUGGGUUGUACAUUCAUUGGUCAUGGUCUUCAAAAUGACUUCAAACAUAUAAAUAUUUCUGUGCCGAAAGAACAAAUACGUGAUACUGCAGUAUAUUUCCUACAAGGUAAACGUUAUUUAUCGUUAAGGUAUCUAGCAUAUGUGUUGUUGGACAUAAAUGUACAAGAAGGAAAUCAUGAUUCAAUCGAAGACGCUUACACUGCUCUUGUUCUGUACAAGAAGUAUCUUGAACUCAAGAGCAAUGGCAUGAUGGAUCAAGUGUUGAACAAGCUAUAUGAAGAAGGAAGAACUACUAAUUACAAGGUACCUUUGAAGCUAUAG